GCUAGUUGUAAAACAAAUGACACCGAUAAUAGAGUCUGUCAGUAAUUUGAAAUAAAUUAUUGGAUAUUAGACUUAACAGGAAAGAGUAGAACUUCUUUGGAUAUCUUACCAAUGAAAGAGUGAAAGGAGAGAAGAAAUCGUAAAUUAUCUUUGAACCCCACUGUAUGGCUCCUCUUUUUCUGUUCUGCGCUUCUGCCUCUGUUCCUAGGUUCAAUGCACAACCAGUGCUUGAAUGCAACUAUCCAAGCUACAAACGAGGUCAAUGUUUUAUGCAAUAUCUCCGCCUAAACCUUGCGUAUCUUAUCCGAGAAGCACUUGUUUUCGUCGAGCUCAUUUAGCUCCAACAUGGAUUCGUGUAUCGGCUAAGUUGGCCAGUCCCAAUGGGGUUGAAGUGGAGUACACUCCAUGGCUAAUUGUUGGAUUGGGAAACCCAGGAAACAAGUAUCAUGGAACUAGGCAUAACGUUGGUUUUGAAAUGAUUGAUCGCAUUUCUCAAGAAGAAGGUAUCCUGAUGAAUACAAUACAAUCAAAGGCAUUGAUUGGAAUAGGUUCUAUUGGGGAGGUACCGGUUUUGUUGGCAAAACCUCAGGCUUACAUGAAUUUCAGUGGAGAAGCAGUUGGACCACUUGCUGCAUAUUAUCAAGUACCCUUGCGCCAUAUUUUAUUGGUUUACGAUGAGAUGAGUUUACCAAAUGGUGUUUUGAGGCUUCAGCCAAGAGGAGGGCAUGGCCUUCACAAUGGAGUGAAGAGUGUGAUGGAACAUUUGGAUGGUCUUCGUGAAUUUCCGCGGUGUUGCAUCGGCAUUGGAAAUCCACCUGGUACAAUGGACGUGAAAGCUUACCUUCUUCAGAAAUUCAGUUUGGAGGAGCGAAAGCAGGUAGAGGGGUAUAUCUAACUUUCUCGUAGAUCAAUUUCAACCGUACACAUGUUUGUGGGAGCAAGGAGUGCCAUGAACGAGCGAAUCAGAAACAAAUGUAAUGUAUUAUCAUGCAUCUUCUUCGGUCCUAACAAAGGCAAGGGAGGAGAACUAAAUUGUGAUGGCACCGAACUAUGCAUGGGAAGAGAACUAAUAAAAGGGCGCUUCGAAAGCACUUCUUUAGCCUGUCUGAAGUAAACCAAGCUUUCACGGACUCCUGAACUGGAUAUCCAUGAUUUGGCUAGGGACAUCUUGACUCUUAACUCAGCAGCCCCCUAACCAAAACUUUUGACUAAUAUCUGUUACAACUUAUAAAAAUCGUUGUUUUAGUCUAUGCAUUUGUAAAAAAACCUAUUUUGUCGUAGUAGUUACUAAUAGAUGUGAUCUUUCUUUUCUUUUUUCUUAUAUGGUGGAGAUUGUCCCACAUAAUGACAGAUCAAUGAUCGUGGCCAUAUUGAACCCUGACCUUCACAAGUGGUUCAAAAACCCACAUUGUGAAAAGCUAUGUUAAGUUUUUAGUAGCACUUGGUGACCUUAUCUUUUAUGUCACAUAGCUCUUUUCUCCUGGAUGGCUGGUUUGACAGGACAGUGAUAAACUGGAUCUAGCUGCUCUAUAUAUAUCUACAGUUAAGUUCUAAAGCCGUUAGUUUUGAAAGAGAAGAAUAGAAGAAAGAGAGAAGUUUGUCAGAAUAGGGUAGUGUGUUAGAUUACACAACUACACCCAGUUGAUAUAUAUAAAGACACAAAGUACCAAAAUACUCUUAUUCUAGAAAUAACACAUAACGUAACAUCUACAAAUCCUCAUUGGUUGAGUACUUCAAUUAGUAUUUGUUGGACUGGACAUUUCUGUGUUAAAAUAUUGUUUUCAUCAUUAACAUGGUUGAAUAUAGACUUCAAUGACAAACUCCAUUAAGUAGAGUGAAUCUGGCUCUUCUUUUUCCUCCCUUGAUUCUUCAGGCUAGCCCCAGUACUAAGUUGUUCCAGGGGGGUGGAGGCCAUAAGAUUUGUAUUUUGCGCAUCUGAUCUAAAUUUGUCAUUAUUCUUGUUGUUUGGUCGUUUGUGUUUAUCUGUUACCCCUCUCUGUCUCCAACACACGUGUGUGUUUUAAAGUCUGAUGAGCAUGCUUAGAUUUCUAACUGUUAUGACCUAUCUAAGCAGAUAGAUGCGGCAUUGGAA